AUGGGCGACGGGAGACGAAACGUUGACGUGGGGUCUAGACUGCCGUCAUCUGACGCCGAGGGACAGGGAAAGAGGGGAGGAGCCUCCCCCCCGCCCCUCCCCGCUCGGAGGUAUUCUCUGUCCCACAAUGGCAUCUCCGAACUCCCCGCUGGUUACUUCCACUGCAGCCGGGAACUCCGGUGGCUGGACCUGAGCAACAACUCUCUCUCCUCGCUCCCUGCCGGAAUCUUCCGCAGCCAGACCCAGCUGAGGUUCCUGGACCUGAGCCGGAACAACCUCUCCCUGCUCCCCGGGACCGUGUUCCACCCGGCGACGGCCCUAGGGACGCUCCGCCUAUCCCACAACCCCUUGCUCUCCGAGCUGGACUCGCUGCUGUUCAGAGGCCUGGCGGAGCUCCGGAGCCUGGACCUCAGCCACUGCGGGCUGCCCGCUCUUGGGGUGCAGGUGCUGGCUGGGCUGGAAGAGCUGGAGAGCCUGCGUUUGGAAGGGAACCCCUGGAGGUGUGGCUGCGGGAUUGAGCCCCUGGUGGAGUGGGUGCGGAGACACGUUCAGAGGUGCAGCGCGGACUCUGAUCUGUUCCCGGUGGAGUGCAGGGCACCCCAAGAGAUGGAGGGGGUCCCCGUGUUCUCGUUGACGGAGGAGAGUUUCCAGUCCUGCCGCUUCUCCCUCUCUCUGGACGACUACCUCUUCAUCGCCUUUGUGGGCUUCCUCGUCUCCAUCGCUUCCGUGGCAACGAACUUCUUGCUCGGAAUCACAGCGAACUGCUGCCAUCGCUGGAGCAAGGCAUCACAGGAAGAGGAUAUAUAGAGAGGAGAGGAAAUAGAGGAGAGAGGAGAGAGGAGAGGAGGAAAGAGGGAGAGGGGAGAGGAG